ACACAAACUGUUGAAGACAAGGAAGUACUUUGUUGUUCAGCCUCAGCCCGGCUUGGGACUGAACAAGAAGAUGUUGGCGCAAAGGACAGCAGCGGGAUCUAACAGUCUCCGCGAUUGUCACUACCAAGUUGCCGUGGAAGACUUCUGGGAUGUGAUAUCUUCUGUACAUGCCAGCAUUGGACACCUUAAAACCAGAGCAACAUACAAUAAGAUAAAGGAGUCAUACACCGGUGUUCCCGAGAAAGCUGUUGAGAAAUACAUCCAGCUCUGUUUGGACUGCCAGCUAAGCAAACAGCAGGUUGAGCAGGCACCUAUUAUGCCAAUUGUGUCAAAAGAUUUUAUGGAACGCGGACAGUUGGACCUAGUGGAUUUUAGUAGCAACAGUGACUGUGGAUUCAAGUACGUUGCUCACUUCAUAGAUCAUUUUUCAAAAUUCUCCGUCAUCUGGCCACUCCGCAACAAAUGCUGCCAGGAGGUUGCGGACACUCUCAGAGAGCGUGUCUUCUGCGUCCUGGGACUUCCCCGCAUAUUGCACACGGACAAUGGCGGGGAAUUUGUAGGCCAGGCCAUGGAGCUUGUAGUUAACAACUGGCCUGGAAAAUGCACCAUGGUGCGUGGUCGUCCCCACCAUCCGCAGUCCCAAGGAUGCGUUGAACGCGGCAAUCGGGUGAUGAAGGGUCUGAUAAGGCAGCAUCAAAUCACCCAUCAAACAAGGGAGUGGGUGCGCUUCCUUCCAGACGUGGCUUAUCAAAUGAACAGCAUGAAACGAAGAUCCAUUAAUCAAUCAGCAAUGGAGGUUGUUUUUGGAUUACGCCCUGAACCAGGCCAUAUCUUGCCUGGCAGUCAACCUGGCGUUUACAACGAAGAUGACUUGCCACAAGACCUUGUCCCGCCAAACUACGAAUUGGAUGGAUGGGCCAACGUAGACUUGGAUUCACUGGAGGCAGAUGAAACAAAUCAAGAGGAUAACCAAACCCCUAGAGUAGCAUCCUCCGAUGACCCAAUCGGCGUCAGUACGACUGCUGACCCAGUAGAUGAGGUGUCAUCCGAUUGUGUUACACCUGACAUUGAGGGUAAUGACACUGGAAGAAGUGGGCGUACGCGUCAGGGAGACAUGAUAAGUGCAUGUCGAGCCAAAGCUCGACAUGCACUUAACAAACAGCGCGUACGAAUGAGGAAACAAGAUCGGGAGAAGAAGACAACGCAAACAUACAAAGUUGGGGACUUGGUGACGGUGAAAGUCCCACCUAAAGAUCGGCCGUUGACUGGCCCACGGCGGUUGAUCGGUAGGGUGAUUGCAUCGAGGGGAAAGGAGCAGCCACGGUAUCAAGUUGGAACUGAGCACGGUGUGCUAUGUGGUUGGCUUGUGGGGAGUACUCUGCAGAAAUAUACCGGCAGUAUUGACAUAUCCAAGUGGGAUAACACUUCAAGGAUCAAAUUGCGAACUGCUGCCAGGAGGACAGCACCCCCGCCCAUCCAGUUACCAACCAUUGUAGAGGCACCCACUUUGGAGCAACAUAUUGCGGCUGUAAUGGAGAAGGGUUUCACCCGCACUUCAUGUGGCGAUAUUCUGCAGUCAUUAGAGAACGCUUCAUUCGAAGUGAUCUCUUCCACAUCGCAAAUCCUCGAUCCAGCCCUUCAACCUCCAGGCAACGAGCCACGAACCUUGCAGGAUCGCCAGCGAAUCGGACUUCACGGCGAUGGAUUCAGUGGAGCAAUUCCCUCUUACCUAAAGGGUGAGAAAAAGCUUGUUCCUGUAGAGGCCACCGGUGACAACAACUGCUGUUUACUGGCAGCUUGUUCACUUUUGCUCUGGGGCACCGAGGAACAAAUCAAUUUUCUGAGACUUGGUGCCACACUCAAAGGUGCCCGUUGCCUGGAUUCCCUUGUUCAGAAGGUUCUAGACAAGCAUGGCUCGGGGACUGCGGGUACUGCUGCUACUGCAUGGAUGGCAUCUGUGACAACGGAUGUCAUCAUGGACCACGCCAUGACAUUCACUGAAACGCGAGAGCGUGUUAAGUACGUCAUUCAGCAGGAGAUUUGCAGAAACGCGUUGCUGAAUAGGGAUGCUGGGCCCUUGCAGGUGGAACUCCUGAGCAUGUUUCUGGGUCGUGCCAUAGAAGUGCACUGUGUUUCGGGGCCGGGUGCGUACGGUACGGCAGCAGAAGGAGACUUCCCUUUUGAUCGUCUCCAACUCCUUCUAUUGCCCUACAGAGCUGGUGGACAGCAACCAAACCACUUUGUUCCUCUGGUUCCCAUGACGCAAGAGGAACAAACUGCUUUGAAUAGAUGCGGGGCAAAGCAGUUUCAACUCUGCCAGUAUGACGGGCUGCCCCCAUGCCCAGCAGGAGGAGUGGGAUGGCUUGCAUGCGAUAUCUGCCUGCAGUGGUACCACUCCUCUUGCGUCGGGGUUACCCAAGACGCGGCCAGGCAGAUGAGCAGUUUUUCAUGUGGAUGCAGUGUCAAGCGGCCGUACACAUGUAAACAGUAA